AUGUCGUUUAUGCGCGGCCUGACGGCCCACGUGUCCGUAGAACCGGUGGUGUUUUUCUACUUCGUCGCGAUGGUGUUCUCGGGGUGCCUGAGCACCAACCUGCUGCUGUACAAGGCGUGCGACCCGACGGGCGCUAUGGCCGCCCGGGUAGGCUCGAAGUGCCAGGACGAGGCGACCGCGCAGCACGUGGUGGCGCCGAUCAACGGCUGGAAGGCGCUCGUCCAGCACCUGGUGCCCAUCGCGCUGGCCAUGGCUGCGGGCACGUGGAGCGACCGGCACAACCGCCGCCGCCGGCCACUGGUCAUUCUGCCGAUCGCCGGUCAAAUAUUGGCGGACGCUUUGUCACUGUACUGCACCAUCGUGUGGUCGGUGUCGCCGGCAAUUACAGCCGCCGCACAGGCCGCCGCGCUGUCACUGACUGGCGGUGCACCGAUGCUGUUCAACGGCAUCAACUCGUACGUGGCCGACACGACCACGGACGAGUGGCGGACGGUCAAGUACGGCGUGGUCGGCGGCACCAUAGCUGUGGGUGGCAUACUGGGAAUGCUCGUCUACGGGUUCGUGGUCGUCAACGUGGGCUUCGCCUCCGCAUACGUGGUGUCCAUCGUCCUGGGCCUGACCGCGCUCGCCCUCACGUUCGUAUUCAUCGACGACGGCGACAGUGUCCUGCGCCGGGAGUCAAGCACCGCCGACCAGCUUCCGUUGUACCAGGACGUUGUCCGGGCCGUCAACCCCUUGGAUGUGCUUCUCAACUGUUACCGCGUCCUGGCCAAGCCUCGUCCUGGCCACGGCAAGCUGCUCCUGUGCCUAGUCGUGUUCGUGUGCGCGCCGCUCACGUGCGUGCCACUGGAGGGUGAAAUGUCAGUAUUAUAUCUAUAUUUGAGGUAUAAAUUUCAAUGGAAUGAAGUAGACUUUAGUAUUUUCAAUGCUUACCAGAUGUCCGUCGUAUUAAUAGGCACAUUGUUUGCACUAGGAAUUUUAAGCUACAAGUUUCGAAUGAACGAUGCGUUAAUUGGUACGAUUGCUUCGGUAUUUGAUCUUUUAGCUGCGGUAGCUUUCUUUUUGGUUUCCCAAUCAUGGCAACUAUUUUUAGUGCCACCGUUAGAACUCUUUAGGGGUGCAGCUUUGGCGUUAACUAGUUCUAUAGCUUCAAAAUGCGUUGGAUCUGAUGAAUUAGGUGCUAUGAAUUCAGUGAAAUUAUUAAUGGAAAGUGCGAUGAAAAGUGGAUUUCUACCAUUAUACAAUUUUAUUUACAACCAUACAUUUGAAUCGAUGCCUAGCGCAUUUUUUAUAAUCAGUAUUGUCCUAACAACUCCGCUCAUUUUCGUUUUUUAUUUGAUAUAUUACUUAAACAGAAACCAAAAAUCGUACACUGUUGACGGCGUCCAUGGUGAAAAUAAAAAACAAAAUAACGAAAUCUCACCAAUCAACGACCGCAACGUAAUUAGUUACCAUAUUUAG